AUGAAGACAUCAAAUGUUCUCGUUCUCAUCUUAGCCCUGCUUUACAUCAAUGCCAGCACGGAAUGGCCUACGCACACAGUCUGCAAAGAUGACAACUUGGAAAUCUAUUACAAAAGCUGUGAUCCCAACCAAGAUUUUGCUUUCAGCAUUGACCAUUGUUCUGAUGUCCCAAGCCACACCUUUAAUGUCAGAGCUGCAAUCUUGCUAAGACACAACAUCAAGGAACUUUAUGUCAAGCUUAACAUGAUCAUAAAUGGGAAGACCGUCUUAACCUACUCGGAGACGCUUUGUGAGCCGGGUCAUUCUAAGCUUAUUUUCUGUGGAAAGAAGAAAGGAGAACACCUCUACUAUGAGGGACCAGUCACACUGGGAAUCAAAGAAAUCCCACAGGGAGAUUAUGAUAUUUCGGCAGAGCUGACUAAUGAAGAUCACGCCACUGUUGCUUGUGCCUAUCUUACUGUGAAAAAUUAUUUAGAGUAUUAUUAGCAACAAGCCAAUUUCAGGAGAGCUGCAGACUACCAAAGUUAGUCAAAGCCAAGUGAGCUGCUUGCAUGCCACAAUGAUUCUGAAGGAAAUAAUCCCCAUGUGGUGGUUCUGAUGCUAUUCCUCUUCAUAAUUCACUAUUUUCAAGAUGUGACUAGACCCUCUA